AUGGCAGGGGCCAAUGUUGUUCUAUUGGAUUUCUGGCCCAGCUCUUAUGGAAUGAGAGUGAAAAUCGCUUUGGCAGAGAAGGGAAUCUCGUAUGAUUGCAAGCAAGAAGACUUUGGAGCUAAAAGCUCUCUGCUUCUAGAGAUGAACCCGGUUCACAAAAUGAUACCAGUUUUGAUUCACAAUGCAAAACCCAUCUGUGAGUCACUCAAUAUUGUUCAGUACAUUGAUGAGGCAUGGAACCACAAGCCCUCUCUGCUUCCCUCUGACCCUUACAAACGAUCCCAAGCCAGGUUUUGGGGCGAUUACAUUGACAAAAAUGUAUACAAUUCUAUAAAGAGGAUAUGGACGGGGAAGGGUGACCAAGAAGAGUGCAAGAAACAAUUCAUAGAGUGCUUGAAGACCCUGAAAGAUGAACUUGGAGACAAACCAUAUUUUGGUGGUGAAGAAUUUGGGUAUGUGGAUGUGGCUCUUGUUCCCUUCACUAGCUGGUUUUACACGGUUGAGACAUGCGGAAAACUAAGCAUUGAUGAAGAGUGUCCGAAACUUGUGGCGUGGGUCAAGAGGUGCAUGCAGAAAGAGAGUGUGGCCACGGCACUCCCUCACCCUCACCGGAUCUAUGCUUUUGCCCUGCAAUAUAAACAGACACAUGGAGUUGAGUAG